AUGCAGACGGCGCAAUACCCUGUGCAACCAUACCCGCCUCCCCUCAACCACAAUCAAUACCCGCCCAUACACGCCUACCCCCGCUACCACCCGCUCUCCAUGCAACAGGACCCCAGGUACGGCCCGCCGCUCCCAGCGCCCCACGGCCCCGGAAUCAACAACAAGCGUCUCGCGCCUCCCCACCCCGCCGAAUCACCUGCGAAGAAGAAGCAAUCGAAGUGGACGCCGGAUGAAGACGCGUCGAUCAUCGAGCUCCGCGGCAACGGCAUGAAGUGGGAGGACAUCUCCAAGCAUCUACCCGGGCGGAGCGCGAUUAGCUGUCGUUUGAGGUUUCAGAAUUAUCUUGAGAGAAGGACGGAGUGGGAUGAUGAGAAGAAGAAUAAGUUGGCGAGGUUGUAUGAACGGUUCAAGAAAGACAUGUGGGAGAAAAUCUCAAAGGAAAUGCAACUCCCCUGGCGCGCCGCGGAGGCCAUGCACUGGCAGCUCGGCGAGGAAGAUAUGGCGCGUCGCGCCAACGUGUCGGUUUUCCACCUCGCUGGCCAGCCUCAACAACAAUCUCAACUCCACCAAUCAUCACUACCUAACAUGCAACCCGAGCGCGGCCUCAGCAUUUCUCCGCCCGCAGCCUUAGGCGCGGGUGGAAGUGCCUACACGCACACGCAUAAGCACAGCUUACCGCAGAUGUCGUCCAUGCCGCGCACGCAGACGGUGUCACCGAUGAUGCAGACGCGAUUGACUGCGGCGAGGAACAGCUCCAGCGUUUCUCCGAUUGGGCCGAGCCCAAUGAGGCGGAGGGCGGACAGCGCGAGGGCGGUGCCGGCGGCGGGCUUCACGGCUGGGCCGAAUAGAGGUUUCCUGCCGCCGGUGGGAGAGGUGAUGGGAGGGCCGGCGAUGGCUUCGGGGUCCAGGUUUACGCUGCCGCCUGUGGGGGGAAUGGGGGAGUAUCAUAGGCGUUGA